CUCUGGGCGGACAGACUGUGCAUUCCGCAAGACAAAGCAGCAGCAGAAGAAGCUUUACAGCAGAUCAACGCGAUGGCUGGUAUCUACGGCCGGUCGUUGGUGACUCUCGUCGCGAUGGCUGGGAGCAACGCCAGUCAUGGUCUCCCUGGCGUAUCGACAGUCAAGCGCAACUAUCGUAUAUCAUUCUCAACGCAGGGCGUCUAUGUCCUCCGCCAGACGGAGGGGUAUCACGACCUCGUCCACGACUCCAACUGGGCAACUCGAGGCUGGACGUUCCAAGAGGCGCUAUUAUCCCCUCGCAUGCUGCUAUUCUCAGACUAUGGCGUCUUCUUCGAAUGUCUCCACGAUAAGGCAAUUCAAGAUGAAGACCCAAAUGUCCGUCUACAUCGUGGAUCCGACCAGCCCAGAUUCCAUCUCUCGUCCCUUUAUCAAAAUCUCGUCAAGGCCUUUUCCCAACGAAGUCUAUCAUUUGAAUCUGACAUUCUUCGUGCGUUUUCUGGUGUUCUACAUGCUAAAUAUCGCAAGAAUCAUUACUUUGGUCUACCAUUUCGCAAGUUUAACAGCGCUAUCUUAUGGAUACCAGAUAGAGCUAUCUCGUGGACGGCAGAGAUGGAGCUUUACCGGCCGAGAAACUCACCAGAAGGUUCAGUCUUCCCUUCGUGGUCAUGGGCAAGCGUUACGGAGGAGGUGGAAUUUCUAUAUGCUGCUCAUCUCGCGCCGUUGGUGGCGUGGGCAAUUCCAGCCAGCGACUCUGGAAGAAGCACGUUGCAAAUUCUACCACAUGGAUCAGGAGAAGAAUGCAAACCCAAAGACGAUAUGUGCUUUGCUCUUGGAAUCGCGGUAGCCUGGAAAAAGGGCUGCUUUCGAGGACCGAUCCCCGCAGCACUGAAUUUCAACGCGACAUGGGCGCAGUAUGAAUCCAUUAUCCAGCCUCGAUGGUCAACCUUUGAUGCAUUUUAUGAUGAUGUACAUGAUAUGGUCAAUGGUAUUCCACGAGAUGUGAAGAUCAAGUUUCCUGCAUCUUUGGUCGAUCGUGUGAAUGGUGCGCCUGGAAUGGCUUAUACACCAUUCCUUCGUCUUCAGCCAGUAUACUUGACCGAAGCGGAUAUCAUUUCCAGGAGACCAAAAUUGCGCGAUGAAAGGGGCAAUACAAUCGCAUGGUAUGUAAGCUACGGGGCAGACGAGGACAAGCUUUCCACGAAUGCUCCUACUAUAACGGAUGAAGGAUUGUACUUGGAUGUGAUUGCUCUAUCCAUGUGCAUGGGACGGCUGUCUGAUUUACAAUGGCCUCACUUGGAUGAAUACGAAAAUGGGAAUGCAUAUGGCAGGGAGAAUAUCAUCAUGCGUGACUGUGCCGGAGCUCCUCUUUACCAAGGCAAGGGAGAGACUGAUGCAUGUAUCUUGAAGGUGUAUUUGAUGGUUCUUGAGACACAACAUGGCAUCAGCAGGCGAGUGGGGAUUGCAGAAGCCUUUUUGAAUGUUUGGGCUGAUGCAAAUCCGCAGUUUGGGUCGUUUAUUAUCGAGUGAUCAUCAUGUAUAUAGAAUAUACUGUAUUACGUACAGCUAAUAAAGCAAUGCCGCUUGAGAUUGUCGG